AUGCAUGGGUGUCUCUGUGGGUCCUGGAGCAGCUGCCGUCGCUGUUUAUUUAGCAUGUGAUAUUGUUGAUGUGAAUGGACGUUGUUAGAUUGAGUUAUGUUUAUAUAAAGACCGUAUAAUUGCUUUUAUUAAACGAAUAACAGUGCUAGCAGUGCACUAAUGGAGUGUUUUUGUUUUGAACCUUACAGCUAAGGUUAAUAUGUAUUUUAACUCAUCGCACAGCAAAUUUAAGGAGCGACAAAACUGAAAUGGUUAGAUUUUAGCGCACGGUAUAUAAUGUAACUGACCCUAACUGUGUUAGAACACACGGUGUAAUCCAGCGCACAUCGCGGCUGGAGUGUGAAUGUUAUUUUGGCUGGCAGUGAAAGUUAAUUUAUCAGGAUGUCCUCGAGUGAAGAUGCUGUGAUCUCUGCACGCAGCUCAUGGCUGUGUUCAUCACAGAAACAGCUGUCUGAUGUUCUCACCACAACACAAGACAACAGUCCAAGCGGUGACUGCAGGUUUGGACAUGACAGGUGUGACCCUGUCUGUCUGGAGAGAGCUGAGGAGGGCUUGCCAUGUGUUAUCACACUUCUGUGCACACCUAACUCUGCAUCUGUGAUCAGCAGUCUUCAGAUCGUCAGUGAAGCCCGCACUAUUGAAGUGUACUCACUGUCUGGAGAAUACUGUGGCACCUGCCGUGGAGAGGAAGUUCAAAGAUCACACACUGAUGGUUCUGAAGAUAAGAGGCAUUUCUACAGGAAUCAUCUGGUGCUGGAAAACCCUGUUGCAUCCUGUGAGGUGAAGCUGUUCUCUCUCGGUGGCCGCUCAUCUGUGGCUAUCGCCCAUGUGGGUGUGGGACUGGAGAUGCUCAAGGACAGACAAGGUGGGCCGAGUAUAGACCCAGGCAUUGACCUUCAGCGUGUGCAGACCAUGAUGGAGGAGAUGGGCAGCACCCUUUCACCAGGAGCGCAGAACCUCAUGGAACUGGUGCAGUGCCAGCAAAAGAAUAAAUCAGACAUGCUCAAUGGAUUCAUUCCUCUGCUCAUGGGAGGAGGAGCCUUGAGCCGUCUGUCAAGAGGAGGUGGGGAUUCUAGUUCUGCAGGAGGAGAGUCAGGCCCAAAUCUACCAUCUGGCCUCGGGCAGCUUCUGUCUACCAGCAACCAGAACCAGACCUCCGGAGCCAUGUCUGCCCUGCUGAGCUCUGAAGCCGGCACGAUCAACCCAGACCUGCUUCCAAUGCUGCAGAGCGUAUGCGGUCAGGUCACGCAGCUCCGACUUGAGGAAGCCACAUCUCCAGAGAGGAAGAAGAAUGGAGAACGUGAGGGUCAUAUAUGUUGUGGAGGGUUUGAGAAAAUUCUGGAGACUGUUGUAGAGAAGCGAAUGGAUGAGAUGGAGAGAAGAUUAAAGGAACAUCUGGACCUGCGUCUGGACGCUCUUCAGCAGAGAUUGGAGGUCACACUUCAGCAGGCACUCUCUAAACAACACCAGUAAACAACAUCCUCCAACACACAAUACUAACCUGAACACUUUUAGCAUGAUCUCCGUCCUGAGCUUUUACUUUAAUGACUACUGUAUUAUUCUGUAAAGGAACAUUUAAUUCAUUUCAACCAUCCCUUUAAAAAAAAAAAAACGGUUGUAACAUUUUUGUUUUGCCAGCAGUCUCUACUGCUUUGUGUGGAAAUGGUUUACGGUUUAACAGCAACCGCUGCUCUUCAUGUGCCCAUCCCAAAGAGACUGUACUUAUAUGGUUUAUGUGGUUAACAGUUUGACGAGCCGGUUCACUAACUUAAGUCCACAAACAGUAUAAGGUGAUUUUCAUAAAUCACAGCUACUUGAAGAACUUAACACUGUUGAUACAAUAUGUAAUAAAUUAUUUUAUCUAAAAGAUACUACAAAUAAUGGAUGCACUGACAGAGUAUUUGUCACUGUAAAUUGCAUUUGUGUAAAUUAUGUUCAUAUGUUUAUACUGUUCAUACUGGAGAACUAAGGACAAAAAAAAAAAAAACAAUAUUAAAAAUGUUUAUACUAAAGAAUAAUAUGUAUCCGACAAACUCUUGUCAUGUUUUUAUCCUGUCAAACCUUACAUCACAUUGCAUGAUUUAUUUAAAUUCUCUUUUUGAAUAAAUUUACUGUCUGAAGGAGAA